AUGAACACCAUCCACAAGAUCCUCUCCAUCAACGAGAAGGAGCUACUGCUCAACGUCUCGGACCAGGCCUCCUGGCACGCCGACUACUCCGACACAUCGUACAUCUACAUCGGCAAUCUCCACGACAGCAUUGCCGAAAAAGACGUCUUGGCCAUUUUCUCCCAGUACGGCAAUCCCACGCACAUCGACUUGGUGAAGGACCGCGAGUCGGGCCGCUCCAGAGGCUUCUGCUACCUCAAGUACGAGGACCAGCGGUCGUGCGUCUUGGCCAUUGACAACUUCAACGGCACGCUCAUCUACGGAAAAGCCCUCAAGGUGGACCACACGUAUUAUAAGCUAGCAAAGGGGAAACGCGAGGAUGAUUUCCGGGUCGUGUAUCCCGACGCAAGGCAGGACCCGAAGCCCAAGCUGAUCGAAAAUGCGCCGAGGCUCUUGCCAUACAAGCUGGCCAGAAAGCAGGACAGCUCUGGGGAAAACACAGAGCCCGCAUCCCAAGCCACAAGGGGGGGCUCCCACCACAAGAGCGCUUCCCAAGACGCAUGCUCUGCGCUUGCAGACAACGACUUCUGCGACCCAAUGGCUUCAUUCAAGAACGACAACGACUUCUCCGACCCAAUGGCGGACAAAAAGAGGUCUCAUCGAGAACAUAGGCACGACAGCAAAAGACAC